UUUGAAAGCGUAAAAAAAGAGCCUUUGAAUAGUGAACAAACAAGUCUACGUUUCAGAGCGGAUUUUCCAUGGGGUAUCAUACAAAGUGCAUGGGAUGCUGGAGCGGGAUGGAUUUGCGUAUUAAUGGUAGGUCUUGCUGCUGGAGCCACAGCUGGUGUGAUCGAUAUAGGCGCUCGAUGGAUGAGUGAUCUGAAGGAUGGUGUUUGCGCAGGUCGAUUUUGGCUGGAUCGCGAACACUGUUGUUGGUCCUCAAAUGAUACAGUGUAUAAAGAUUCCGACUGCAGUGCCUGGUUGGCGUGGCCAGAGAUGCUCAAUUAUUAUGGCAAAAACCCAUUUUUCUAUUUACUCGAAUUUCUGUUCUAUGUUGGUUGGGCUGUCCUCAUGGCUACGUUGGCGGUCGUUUUUGUGAAGGCAUUUUCAAAAAGGAGAAUUCCAGGUGUUCGCACCGUACUGCAUUCUAUCAGGCUUCAUCAUCCGCGGUUACCUGGGAAAGGGGUAAAAUAUUUUACCCUACUUCUAGGCCUAUCACUGGGAAAAGAAGGUCCUAUGGUUCAUUUGGCAUGUUGUAUUGGCAACAUCUUUUCUUAUCUGUUCCCCAAAUACGGGAUGAAUGAGGCCAAAAAAAGAGAGAUCCUCAGUGCAUCUGCUGCGGCUGGUGUCAGCGUCGCGUUCGGCGCUCCUAUUGGUGGCGUACUGUUCAGUCUGGAAGAGGCGUCGUACUAUUUCCCGCUGAAAACAAUGUGGCGAUCAUUCUUUUGCGCACUCGUGGCCGGAAUCAUUCUGCGAAUCGUAAAUCCAUUUGGCAGUGAUCAGACAUCGCUGUUCCAUGUGGAUUAUAUGAUGAAAUGGACAUUCGUGGAGCUUAUUCCUUUU